GGGACGUAUAUCACGUAUGCUGAAUGUUCCGUUAGAACAGCGGAUUUUCUUGUUUAAAAAUAAUUCUUUUUAUUUACAAAUAUUGAAAUAUCUUUUGGAAUAGGUAUGACCCAGUAACUGAUCUAUCAAACAAAACGCAGUAUUCAUAAUUGUCUUCCUUUUCGCGACUUCUUAUAUUCACGUAUCUUAUAGCCUAAUUGAAGAUACGAAAAAUUUGGAAGCUUAAUUAAAAGUCUAUUCUGUAGACACGCUUUGGUGAUUGGUACGACCGUCCUUAUCGAGUUUUCUUGCAUACUUCACGUUUAACAACAAUUGCUAUUUCUUACUACUUUUACCUGUCUUUAGUCAUUUACUUUAUUCUUUUGUUUCUUGAUUGCUGAAUUCACUGACGUCGUAAUUCCAGUUAUCCAUUUGGGUCGUUCAAAAUGAUUGCUUCAACGACUUUGGUUUCGCUAUUUGUAUCAGUCAUAUUAAUUUUUUCUUAUUCAAGUGACGCUUUUGGCGAACCAGACCUUUUCUUCGUAGACCCUACUGGACUUUCAAGCCAGGAUGCUCCAUUCAGCGAGGACUUCAAUUUUCCUGUUGAAGAUCGUUAUGAAAAAGCGAAAAAGAAAUUACAAGAUGACUUUACUUCAACUGAAGAAAAACUGCAUGCCGCGAGUCUGUUAAAAUCUGCAGCACGGGAAAAUAAUACAGAUGCCAUCCUUUUGCUCGGUAAUACACUCUUUUUUGGCCUCUAUGGUUUUGAACCAGACUUUAGAAUGGCUUUUAAUUAUUACGACCAAUUACUUAAAAUGAAUGGAAGCAUUAUGGGUAACUUAAUACUUGGAUUUUACCAUUCGGUGAGCUAUUACAACACUGCUCCUUAUGACCCAGCUUUGGCCCGUAUGUACUGGGAGGCAGCUGCAAAGCAGGGAUCUAUUGACGCUCAUCAUUUUCUUGCGUAUCAUCAUCUCAUCGGUAUGCAUACUGUAAAAUCUGAUUCAUUAGCAGCACAGCAUUACAAAAUUAUUGCUGAUGAUCUUACUAAAGAAGGUCCGAAAUUUCUGUUAGCAGCUUCACAAUAUCUUUGGCCAGAAAUUCUUAAUUACAAUACUGCCGGCGAAGAUGGAUCGGGCGUUUAUGGGCCUGCAUCAGCUUAUUCUCUUUCACCAGCUAGUCGAGCCUUUAUUUCCAUACGACAUUAUCUUAAAGAAAUUUAUAAUCCUCCCGAGGAACGGGAUCUUGGAACCCUUUUUGAAGCAGCAAAGCUACGUCUCCAUGGGAUGCAUUCAUUUAGGCGAAACCAUACGGUAGCUGAAGCAAUAUUUGCUAAGGUAUACCGUGAUUUAUCUUUCUUGAAUGAGAGCUCCAUUCACAUAACAUCCGAGAAAAUUGAUGAUUUGCUUUCAAAAUCGGCAGGUUAUAUAGGUCUUAUACAAUUAUUUGGAGAGUCAAAGAAAAGAAGCUUGGAAAAUGCCUCGCGUUGGUUCAAUCGCGGAAUCCUUCAUAACGACUCAAACUCAUUAUACGGAAUGGGAUAUAUAUUUUAUCAUGGGCUCUUGGAUAAUAAAACGGAUCUUCAAAAGGGUCUUAGUUAUAUAAAGGAAGCGGCGAAUAUGAAAAAUGGUUAUGCACUCACUUUCCUUGGGAUAUUAUCCUUGGAAGAAGAGGAUUACGACAACACUUUUCAAUACCUAACUUUAGCAAAUGAGGAAAAAGUAUUAUUAGCAUCAAAGCUAUUAGCUGAUUGUUAUUUACAUGGGAUUGGAACUUCCGUGUCUAAGCGGAAAGCUGCGCUGCUGUAUAAAGAGUUUGUGGAAACAGUUCGUUCCAAGUCCUCCACGAUGAGUUUAGCAGUUAGAGAGGUGGAUCAUUAUUGUUGGGAAAACAGCCUUAUAUAUUAUUUAUACUCUGCUCAGUUAGGUUACUCAAUUGCAGAGAUCAAUGCAGCAUACUUUGUGGAUGGUAACAAAUAUCUUGUUGAUUCACUGACGAGAUAUCUUUAUCCUGAACGCACACAAGAUGAAAUUCUGUCAGAUGAAUUUGCUUUUGAAUUUUAUGCACGAGCAGCUGCACAAGGAGAUGUGGAUGCAAUUUUGAAAGUUGGAGAUUAUUAUUAUUAUGGCGUUGGUGUACAUAAGGAUUAUGAGAAAGCGUAUAGACACUACGAAAUUGCUUCCGAAAAGGGAGGUGCCACUGGAAUGGCCCUUUGGAAUAUGGCCUAUAUGCACGAAUUCGGCAAAGGACGAGAACGAGAUGCUCAUAUUGCCAAACGAUUUUUGGAUGAAUUGUCUAUAAAUCGGAUUUCUUACAUCCCGUUUAGAAUGAUCUUGUCAUUGAUAUUCCUUCAUCAGAUUUAUUUAAGAUGUCUCUCUUUUUUACGGUUACGAUAAUGACUCUUUGGUGCAUAUUGAGUGUUUUUACUUUUCGGUUGAUCUCCCUGAAGUCUUAGUGUUAUAAAUGAUUAGUAUCAUGCAAACAAAAAAUUUAAUUCCUAUGUAAAUACAUUUAAUAUCAACUUAUUUUUAUGAGAAAAAUUCAACUCAUACUUCAUAAAAAAUUAAUAGCUCAAAUGUUACCUUUCUUGCUACCUGGUUUGAGAAUUGGAGGAAACCAACUUGUGCAACUUUUUCACUACGCAUUUGUUCCAAACGU